UUUGGUUCCCUAACGCCAAUAUUUACUCUAGCGUCAAGAACAUUGUUUUGUUACCAUUCAAGAUGCCCAAGUCAUUCUUGAUCAAGAAAUCAACUGGAAUAACGUCCCAUCUCAGCAGGGGAGCAGAAGUUAAAACUAAUCAAACACAAGAAAAAAAUCCCCGCCCUGAGGAAAAUGAGUCAAUCCAGCCAUCUGCCAUGGAUACCCCAAGAUGGGACGGUUGGGAACCACUGGAUAUGUCCGAAUACGAAACAAGCGUGGAAUCAGUUCAUAACGUUGUAAAAGAAUUUCAGAAUCAAAUGUCCCGGUUUCCGGGAACUCCGAUUCUUUUUCCACCAUCAGAAGAUUCUACCUCUAUCGCUUCAUUCCUGGGGCAACCAUUUCAAUCUCCCUCGCGCGAUUCAACCCCUGUCUCUGAAGAAGCAGCUAAGUCGGACAAGGAAAAGCCAUUCCAGUGUAACUACUGUGUGAUGUCCUUCACUCGCCCUAGUGAUCUCCAGCGCCAUCUUCUCAUUCAUAACAACAAUAAGCCAUAUAAAUGUGAGGAGUGUGACCGCGAGUUUACGUGGUUUGGCAACUUUCAAAAGCACGUGCUUUCGCAUAUGGGGGGUACUACCAGAGCGCCAGGGACUUUGCCCUUCUCAGCAAUGUUCACUUUCCUGGCACGUGAACAAGUCAAAGAUCUUUUCAUUAAAGAUGGUGAAAAGUACAAGUGCCGUCUAUGCGCCAAGGAUUUCACCCGACUCAGUGGCUUAAAAACGCAUAUUCGCAUGCACACAGGAGAGAGGCCUUAUGUCUGUGAGGUCUGCUCAUUUGCAUUUACUACGUCACGUGCCCUGAAGAUGCACGUGCGCCUACAUACUGGGGAGAAACCUUACAAGUGCGAGGAGUGCGGGCGCGCUUUCACAAGGAGGGACGAGAUGCAUACUCACAUGUAUAUACACAAAGGAGAGAAGCCAUUCAAGUGCGACAUCUGUUCGGCCUCAUUCAUUCGCUACGGUCAUCUACAACGCCAUCUCCUCAUUCAUAGCGAUGACAAACCAUACAAGUGUAAAGUGUGUCCCAAGUCCUUCACUCAGUACCGCAACCUACAGACUCACAUGUACAAACAUACCGGGGAGAGGCCUUACAGAUGCAGGUACUGCCCUAAGGGAUUCACCCAGUAUGGCACCCUCCAAGCACACGAGCGAACACACACCGGGGAGAAACCCUUCCAAUGCCAAUUCUGCGAAAAGGCUUUCAUUACAUCAUCACACCUUAGAUGGCACAUAAAGACACAACACAAUGCCAAAAAAGACUAG